GCCUAAUGCGUUCUUCUCGAGUGGAGAAGCCAGUGAAAUUGUAACUACUGUAGAGUGCCAAAAUAUAUAUAUAUAUAUAUUUUUUUUAUAAAACAAGAAGAUCAGAACAUCUCCUUAGAUCCCAAGUAGGGGGGUUUUUCUGGGUACCUGUGUGUGACAAUUUGAAGAUGAAGACCUGUAAAUCAAAUAUCACUGAUUCUGUGUCAGGUCCAGCUUCUUCAUUUGGACUGGGAUCCCCUAAGGUGGAGAACGCUGCCAAGAGGAGACUGGCUGCAAAUGCCCGUGAGAGAAGGAGAAUGCAAGGUCUGAAUGUUGCCUUUGACCGUUUGCGCCGAGUGGUCCCUCAGUGGGGACAAGACAAGAAGCUGUCCAAGUAUGAGACCUUGCAGAUGGCCCUCAGCUACAUCGGCGCACUGAACCGGAUCUUGACAGACGCAGAGAAGUAUGGAAGUUCACAUAAAGACUGGCUUAACUUGCACGUGGAGCACUUCCAGCCAGAGGACUUUUACUACACAGGCCAUGAAAAUCCACAAGGAGAUGAUAACUACAAUCAGGCAAUCUUCUCAUAUGCACAAGAGACCCUACACAUGUUUAAUGAGAUCGACAGUCAUGUUGGACCCUGAGAAGUCAUCGAAAGAAAGAAAGAAAGAAAAAAAGAAAGAAAGAAGACUAACUAGAGGUGAUGUUGAACUGGACUUGUUUAUAGCGUAGGGGACGCCUCAUGUUUACAGGAAUCAGCAGUUCGGGUUUAAUAGGAAAUAUUCAGACCUGAGCCGUCAACCAUGAACUUUAGCAGAUUUCAUUACGCAUACGCCUUGCACAUCAUAACUUAAUUGACCAAUUCCUGAACAAGUUUAGCAGGUUUUAUAUAAAGAACUUAAUAAUUCAUCUUCAUGGUGUCAGCAGAAUUGCAAAAACCUCACUAAUUUCUGUUUCUAGGUAUGUAUAUAAUGCAGAUUAUAUGUUUAGAAUAUCUAACAUAUGUGUGUAGCAGGCCCUAAAUGAAAGGGUGGCAGAAUUAAAAGGUGCUACAGCAAUGUAGGAAAUGUUUUCCCCUGUUAGCAUGUUACUAGUCUUUUAAUUAACAGGUUACACAUAAUGUGGUAACAAUUGUUAGCAAAAAUAUCAAUCCAUCAAUCCAUCCAUUUUCUCCAUCUGUCUAUCCAGUUCAGAGUUUUAGAGCAGCAGUGUUGCAUUUAACCCUGAACAGGGAGGUGGUGGCACCUCACCUGGGGUGCUCAACGGCCCGAAUACCAACAUUUGUUCACAACAGAGCAAAAUGAUUAGCCGAACCUAUCAGCAUCAGUUUGUGGUAGGAAAUAGAGGCACGUGGAGCUACAGAGAUGGGUAGAGCAUGCAGAGACCAGGACAAAAAGUAUAAAACGCCAUGCUAACAGUCAUGCCAUUCAAUUUACAGAUAUAAACUCAUACAUUCUGUGUUUAUAAAUAAUGCUUUUUUCACUUUACACCUGUUAUAUUUUUAAAUCUUAUUUCUUCUGGCAGUUGUCUCAUUUGCCCUGAGUGUGCUAUGGCUUGUUCCAGUGGCCAGAGUAACCUUUCCUGUCACUGAGGGCAUGGCAUCCGGGUUUGUUCCCUAUAUGUAAUUGCAGCUUUAGGUUUAAAUAGCUGUCCCCUUUGUCGUGUCUUUAUCUGAGCUGUGCGUAAACAAACCAAAAAAACAUUGGUAAACCUAUCGAGAGUAUCUCUUGAAUUGAUCUAUUGGGCUGCUGGUUUUCACUUUGCCUUUCUGACCUCAAUUUACAGCUUGCUCUAUGGUUUGCUGUUGCGGCACUUAUCAGCCUCCUGAUUUGAUCCCUUUUCAGUUUCAUAUCAUUCUCUUGGUUUGUGUUUUAGAAAUCUCAUUGGUUUCUUGCUGGCUUGAAAAAAAAAUCAACUUUGUUGAUAUGGAGAACAAAUGACAUAUCAGGAAUUUACAACAGAGGCUGUCAAAGGAAACUUUAAUGUCAUAUUAACUUGGCUGACCAGACAUCCCAUGUUUAUGCAUUGCACCUAUUUUAAUUAUUGAAAUAUAACAAAAUGCUCUGUUUUUAACAGGCUUAUUAAUACACAUCUACGUAACAACAGGCACAAAACUGUUAGAUUUCAUAGAUGUCUAAAUUAUUUGCUGACCCAUACUUGAUAACUUCAUUAAUAAGCUGUGCCUUGUUUUGCAACUAUGAUAAUCAGCUCAGCUUAUCUUUACCAUAUUGUAUACAAAUAUACAGGGAGACGAAAUGACAAAGCUCAGGGCUCACAGUGAGCAAUUAGUGCACAUAAGACAAGGCAGCAUGAACAGGCAAAACCAUGUAACAUACAUGCAAACAUACUGUUUAAAAAAGGCAAUAUGGCAAUACAAUUAACUGCCACAUUACAUAAAACCCCAUGAAAGAAAGUUCCACUGAUCAAUGUGGUGACUGAUCUUUUCACAUGAUAGAUGAAGGGACUUGCGCAUACACUCUAAAAACAUGGCAUGACUUGAAUUGAUGAUUGUAAAUUGUCACAUUAUGACUGCCACCCAACCUUACACUGGGACAGCAUGCUUGAAAAGCACAGGUGUGGAAAAUGGAUGGAGAGACUUUACUCAAACAAACUGUAGCUAUCUCUCCAUGUCCUGCUCGAGGUGAGGUGGCGCAAUGCCAGUCUCAUCAUGUCUCUUCUGUUUUAUAAUCAGUAUUUGAGUUGUAUGUCACGGCUGAUUGACUUGAUGCCAUGACAUCAGUGCAUCCUUCAGUGACUUGAUUAACUUGAACUUUAUAAGUUUGCAGAUUUUAUAGGUUUGAUUUUAAAAUUGUCAGACUGUGCUUAUUUUUUCUUUUUACUGUGUAAAUAACACUUUAUUUGAAACAGAAUGUUGUCAACCAAAAUGUGUUUAUGACUGUCUAAUGUAUCUAUUGGCUAAGUUUAUUAAAUAAAUUUUAAACAA